AUGAGUCCAUUUCGACGUUUUUCUUCUCGUUCAGCCCGUUUCUUGUCACCUCUUUUGUCUACGGAAGAGGUUCAAACACUUUUACAAACUUCAAAAGACCGAUAUGUUCGUUUUCUGGAUGCAUCGUGGUAUUUGGAUAAAAGUCGAGAUGCCAAGAAGGAAUUUGCAUUGGAACGAUUACCAGGUGCCCAAUUCUUUGAUAUUGAACAAAUAUCAGACGUCAAAUCGACUCUACCGCAUAUGUUGCCCCAUUCAGAGACAUUUGAGCACGCUUUAAUGUAUUUGGGGGUAGAACAAGACGAUCUUGUGGUGAUCUAUGGUGGUCAAAAUUGUUUUAGUCCAGCACGUUGCUGGUGGACGUUCAAGUACUUUGGACAUGACAGUGUUCAUAUUCUCAAUGGUGGUAUCACCAAGUGGAAGAAGGAAGAACGUCCAGUUGAAACGGGCGAGCCGCAAAAGGUGGUAGCAGGUGCUUCGUAUAAAGCAAAGCCCAAUGAAGCUCUCGUUGUGUCGUGGGAGGACGUGCUAGCCAAGAUUGGAUCGGACACGCAGAUCGUGGAUGCUCGUGGAGCUUCGCGUUUUUACGCCAAGGAGCCUGAGCCGCGUCCAGGCAUGCGUGGUGGCCAUAUUCCAGGAUCUAUCAACGUGCCAUUUGGCAAAAUUGUCGAUCCCAAGGACUUUUCGCUUUUCCGAGACGUAGCUGAAAUCAAGAGCGCCUUCGAUGAAGCGAACGUGAAGAUAGACGAGACGAGCCCAAUCAUCACUAGCUGCGGAUCUGGAGUAACUGCUAGCAUUCUCACGUUCGGUCUGCACUUGGCUGGCAAGCCACUGGAGAAGGCUCCAGUGUACGAUGGAUCAUGGUCGGAAUGGGGUCUGCGUAGUGACCUCCCUAUCGAAACUGAAGCCAAGUGA